AUGUCCCUUUCUCAUUCAGUGGAUACUAAUUUAAAAGCUGAUUUGUUUCAAUGUCCUGUAUGUGAACGACAGUUUUCACAAAGUAUUAUUGAAACACAUGUAAAUAAAUGUAUUUUUCUAAAUACACAAACCGAAAAUAAACUAAAGAGAGCGGGAUCAUAUGGCGAUGACAAUGAAACUGUCGACUCGGCAAUACACAAACGUAUAAAAACAGAUGUUGGUAGUGCAAGUACAACUUCAAAAGAAUUCUCGGUGCCAGUGAAGACGACAAAUAAGUCAAAUGUGAACCAAGAAAUGAUACCAAUAACGGAGUCUCUUACAUUUGAUAAAAAUAUUCCAUUGGCCGAAUUUAUGAGACCUUCUCUGUUAGAGGACUUAGUUGGACAUACAGAUAUAUUUGGACCAGGCUGUAUGAUACAUUCAAUGCUUGUUAAGAAAAAAAUACCAAAUAUGAUUUUAUGGGGUCCACCAGGCUGUGGAAAGACAUCAUUAGCCAAUGUAAUAGCCAAUGUUUGUAAAGAACUAAAAACUCUUAGAUUUGUCAAAUUAUCAGCAACCAUGUGUGGUGUAAAUGAAGUCAAGGAGGUGGUGAAGGCGGCUAAAAAUGAAUGUCAGUUUAAGAGGCACACAGUGUUAUUUAUGGAUGAGAUUCAUAGAUUUAAUAAGUUACAACAAGAUACAUUUCUUCCUCAUGUGGAAAGUGGAACAAUAACAUUGGUUGGUGCAACAACAGAGAAUCCAUCCUUCAGUUUAAAUAAUGCCCUCUUAAGCCGUUGCCGAGUUAUUGUUUUGGAAAAAUUAUCAGUUGAAAAUGUUUUACAGAUUUUAGAGAAAGCUAUUCUCAAAAAUAAUUUGGCCGUUAUUGUAGAUAAUCUAAAGGAGAGACAGAGUAAAUUUGGUGAAACUAAAUGUUUUAUAGAACGAUCAUCACUACAAUGGCUGGCAGAGAUGUGUGAUGGUGAUGCCAGAAUUGCUUUAGGCGCUUUGGAACUAACACUUAACUCACAAAAACCAAAUGAUAAAUCAGUCCCAUGUGUGACUCUUGAAGAAAUAAAAGGUGGAAUUAAGAGGACCCAUAUACUGUAUGACAAAAAAGGGGAUGAACAUUACAAUAUAAUUUCUGCUAUACAAAAAUCAAUUCGUGCGAGCGACGAUAAUGCAGCUUUGUAUUGGACCACUAGAGCCCUACAUGGAGGGGAGGACCCUUUAUAUAUCGCUCGAAGGCUGAUUAGAACGGCUUGUGAAGAUAUUGGUUUGGGAGAUCCUAAUGCACUAGUUGAAGCCGUGUCAUGUCUCCACGGUUGCCAACAUAUAGGAAUGCCGGAAUGUGAAGUACUUCUCGCACAAUGUGCGGUGAGACUAGCUCGGGCACCCAAAAGCACCGAGGUAUAUCACGCUAUGAAAAGAGUUCAACAAACAUUGAGAGAUACUAAAGGAUCCUUGCCUCCGAUUCCAAUGCAUUUGCGAAACGCGCCAACGAAACUUAUGAAAGAAUUAGGAUACGCGAAAGGCUAUAAUAAAAACCAUAAAGACAGUUCUGGACUUACAUAUGUGCCAGAAGGAAUGGAAGGUGUUAAUUUUUUUACCGCUUCAAAUGGUUGCUAA